AUGUCAGAUCAAACGGCUUCAAAUGCAGGAGCGGCUAUAGGCCAGGGCGGAGGCGCAUCAGGAGGCCGGGAAUUCAAGGCAAACAGCGCCGGAUUCAACCGUCGGCGGGGUGCCAUGAGAAGGCGUGUUCAUCAGGUCAAUGGUCAUAAAUUUAUGGCAACUUUCUUGCGCCAACCGACGUUUUGUUCCCACUGCCGAGAAUUUAUUUGGGGAUUGGGAAAGCAGGGCUAUCAAUGUCAAGUCUGCACAUGUGUUGUCCACAAAAGAUGUCACGAUUCGGUUGUAACAAAGUGCCCUGGGAUGAAAGAAGAACCCAAAGUGGAUGAACACCCCGGUGGCCAAAGAUUUAAUGUGAACAUACCCCACCGAUUCGUGGUGCAUAAUUACAAACGUUUCACAUUUUGUGACCAUUGUGGUUCUUUACUUUACGGCAUAGUCAAACAGGGCCUACAAUGCGAAGUUUGCAGUAUGAACAUACACAAACGUUGCCAACGAAAUGUUGCUUCGAAUUGUGGCGUCAAUACAAAGAAAAUGGCUGAGAUUUUAAAUAAUAUGGGAAUCUCUCCAGAUAAACAAGGACCUAGAAGAUCCACAAGGUAUUUAAAUCAAGCACCGUGUAGUGGUGAAGGUUCCGCGUCUACUGAUAGAUCUAGUGAUAGCGAAAGUAGUCUUUCUCGAGAGGAUAGUACAAUGCCACUCUUGCCAGAAGGAGUGGGAUCAGGAUCUCACAGAAGUGGUGCAGGCGGUGGAGAAUAUUUGGAAAGCGAUAUCGACGCUCGCGUAGGCCUCAAUGAUUUUGUAUUUUUGAAAGUUCUGGGAAAAGGAUCGUUUGGCAAAGUUAUGCUAGCUGAAAAGAAAGGAACUGAUGAGGUAUAUGCUGUAAAGGUACUGAAAAAGGACGCGAUUUUACAAGACGACGACGUCGAAUGCACCAUGACCGAAAAACGAAUUUUAGCACUUGCAGCUCGCCAUCCAUUUCUAACUGCUCUACAUUCGUGCUUUCAAACAAAGGAGCGAUUGUUCUUUGUGAUGGAGUAUGUAAAUGGAGGAGAUCUAAUGUUUCAAAUCCAAAGGGCAAGAAAAUUCGAUGAACCGCGUGCUAGAUUUUACGCAGCCGAGGUCACGUUAGCAUUGCAAUUUUUACAUAGGCAUGGAGUUAUAUACAGAGACCUCAAACUCGACAACAUACUUUUGGAUCAAGAGGGGCAUUGUAAACUGGCAGAUUUUGGCAUGUGCAAGGAAGGGAUAUUAAAUGGAGCACUCACCAGCACAUUUUGUGGCACGCCAGACUACAUAGCUCCCGAGAUCUUGCAAGAGCUCGAGUACGGUGGUUCUGUUGACUGGUGGGCCUUAGGUGUUCUCAUGUAUGAAAUGAUGGCUGGUCAACCACCAUUCGAAGCCGAUAACGAAGACGAUUUAUUCGAAUCGAUACUGCACGAUGAUGUUCUUUAUCCCGUGUGGCUGAGCAAGGAAGCCGUUUCUAUUCUGAAAGGCUUUAUGACUAAGAAUGCAGCUAAACGCUUAGGAUGCAUGGGGGAUGAGACUCAAAUUAGAAAUCACGUUUUCUUCAAAGAUUUAGAUUGGGAAGCUUUGGAGCAACGUCGAGUGCGCCCUCCAUUUAAACCUAAAAUUAAGAGUCCACGCGAUGCAUUAAAUUUUGACACAGACUUCACUCGUGAAGAACCAGUUUUGACUCCAGUUCCACAAGAUGUGUUACGCUGCAUUAAUCAAGAAGAGUUCCGCGGUUUUUCAUUUGUCAAUCGCCACUUUGCAACUGAACGACCAGGCUAGAGUUCAUAUCGAGAGACUUAAUCAUUAUCUUAUUAAACACCUUUGGAGCAGCCCGUAUAAUGUUUUAAUAUUCUUAGAAAGUUGCAGUAUCUAGUCAUACUAUUUGUUUAUUUAUUGAUAAUUUUAAACAU